AGGGCGCCCCCGGUGGUGUCAACCAACAGCCUAUUGCGCAACAAUUGCGCCGUUUGCGCUAUUAGGGAAAAAACGCCGACUCGCCAUUCGCUUAAGAGGCCAAACGGAUCCAAAUUCAGCCUACGGUCCAUCGCACAGCCUAUGCGUCAUAUGGCAACUUAUUUGAAUGGGCCAACGUCCGUCGAAGCGCCUAUGUUCCCUAACUCCCCCAGUAACACCAGCAUCUGAUCUGAUCUCUCCCAAUAACACCAGCAUCUGAUCUGAUGUCACCAGCAUCUGAUCUGUUCUCCCCCAGUAACACCAGCAUCUGAUCUGUUCUCCCCCAGUAACACCAGCAUCUGAUCUGAUCUCCCCCAGUAACACCAGCAUCUGAUCUGUUCUCCCCCAGUAACACCAGCAUCUGAUUGGUUUCUGCCAAACUGGAAAACUCUGGCAUGAGGUUUGAGAGUUUGUGGAGGUAUUUCUCAACUCUGUAGAUUUCUCACAGUGAAGGAGAAAGUGUGUCUCUGUCUUGACCUCACACGUGUCACAGUGAGCACAGACUCGUUCAUGUUUGUCUGUGAUCACUGAGUCUGUAUUUGGUGAGGAUCCGUCUCUGUUUUGGAUCUCUUACAGUGUGCAGAUAUUCUGCCAGAUUAUAUGUUCUGUUUUGGGCCCGAUAAUAUUCCAAUUUGCUUUGUUUUUUACUUUCAUUUUCCCAGUGGUCCAAUGUCCAAUGUUUGUCUCUGUCUGUCUCUCUCUCUGUUUGUCUGUCUGUCAAUUCAGUUCAAUUCAAUUCAAUGAGCUUUAUUGACAUGACAAAGACAUUUUGUAUUUCCAAAUCAAUUACACAGAAAAACAGAACAGGAACUGAACAAGGACAUGAGAACAAUAAUAACUAUAAAGAGAUAACAUUGAGCAUUAAUGCAACAUUAUAUAGUGUUGGAAACAGGGGUAGGGGAUUGGGGUCAGGGGUCAUAAACAUAUAUUAAUAUAUUAUUUAUUUUAGUUGUUGUUGUCCCUCAGGUUUCUACAGGAUACUACAAAUCUUGCAGCUAUGUUUGCACAUUCUUCUUUUUUACCCAGAAUAAAAAAAUGUUUUGUGUCGGGGUACAUUCAUUGAAAUCUGGGCAUAUGUUGUUAAUUUUGUGGAUAUAUUUUUUCUAAUUGGUUGGUAUUUUAGGCAUUCUGUGAGGAAGUGCAAGUCUCAAUCACUCCCAGGUUGCAUUGGGAUCACUAUAGACAUCUCUAUAACCAGACUGUGCUCGUUGAGUCUGUACAUCCUCAGUGCUUUUCUUAACUUUCUUUCAGUCACUGUACUAUGCCGAAUAACAUUCCAGUUUGUGUUGAUUUGUAAUAGUGUUUGUCCAAUGUGUGAUGUAUUUUUCCUUGGUGUAUAAUUUGGUUAGGCUGAAUUAUACACAAUUAUUCUCUCUCCCUCUUUAAACCUUUCUUUAUCUGUUUUGUGCUUGUGUAAACACUUCUUUUGAAAAUGCUGAUGAGGACUAGUGUUAUAUUAGUUUGUUUAGUCAGUGUUGAAGUGCAGCUGCAGGAUCGGCUUUCAGGUUUAAUUAUUUUAGGAUUAAAAACAUUUGAAUAAGAUUCUAGAAAAGCAAUAAAACAUUGUACAUCACCAUUACAAUCCACCAAAACUGCAGACUCUCAUUUGAGUGGACAGAUCCGUUGAAGCUUAAAUCUCUUUAUUAAGAGCAAUCAACACCUCACAACAUAUAUGUUUGAACAAUGACGUUCAUGUUGAGUGACUGCAGCAAGUCCUCAUGGAUUUGCCAAUUGCAGCAUAAUAUGUGUCAUUCUCUUUGGAUUUCAUGGACGUCACCUUCAGGACUUCCUGGAAGCGUCAAUCUGUCUGAAGAGCUCAGAUGAGGAAGUCACUGUGGUGGACCAGGAAGUUGCUGACCUGCAGCAUAUCGGCAUCACUCAGGACACAAACAACAUCUAUGUGAAGAGUGGAGCGUGGGUGGCUUACAGAGACAGGUGCUUCACAGGAGAUCAGUAUGUUCUAGAGAGAGGACGACACUCAGGGACCCUCGAAUGGGGUGACAGGCGCAGCUCACCGCGGUCACUGCGACCUAUUCGCAGGGAAGUUUGCACCAUCAUGGAGCCAAUUUCUUUGCUGCGCAUCUACAGUCAGACGCAUUACAACGGUGAGAGCCGAGAGUUUGUGAGUGAAGCUCCGGACUGUGGCGGUCUCAGACUCCAGUCGUUCCGGGUCAUCAGAGGGAGUUGGCUGCUCUUCGAUGAGGAGGGUUUCUCUGGUAACCAGUACAUCCUGGGGGAGGGGCUUUACCCUGACCUCACUUCCUGUGGCUGUGCAUCAGCGGUCAUCAAGUCUGUAAAGCCCAUUCCAUACAGUUUCACCGAUCCGUCCGUCAGUCUGUUUUCUCUCAGCGGUUUUGAGGGACUUGAGGAAACGUCACAUUCAGAUGUGGAGAACAUCUCACACUUCUUCAGCCAAUCUGUGAGAGUCAACAGCGGCCUGUGGGUGGCAUAUGAAUACAGUCAUUUUAAGGGGCGUCAGAUGCUCUUGCAGCUGCAAGGAUAUCCAGAUUGGGGGGGUCACAGCAGUUGGGACACAAUUGGAUCAUUGAGGCCCCUCAAACUGCCCAAAGUUCACCUUCAGAUACGAAAUCGGGCGCUGGACUCCGUCCUAACCACAGAGAGUGUCCCGAUUAAUUUACCGGCAAAGGUGUUCCUGAGUUCUGCCGAUCGUUCCUUGAACACGCAGCGCUGGAUCUUCACCGACAGUCUUCUAAAGAACACGGUGACGAGAGGUUGUCUGUCUGUGAUCGGUGCAAAGGCGUGUGCGGGUGCCAGAGUGGCAUUAUGGGAAGAACACGGGCGUGUGAAUCAGAGAUGGAGUCUGAAUGAAGAUGGGACAUUCUCCUCACAUUUAAAUCGCAGUCUCGUUUUGGACAUCAAAGGUGGAGUUACUGCUGACACGGAUCAUCUGAUUCUGAGUCCGCUGUGUGUCGAUACAAACACUCAAAACUGGGACGUGGACGUGCUGUGACCCUGAAACUAUCAGGAACAUGAACACCUGAUCAAAUCAAUCAAUGAGGGCUUGAUACAUGGGAUUUCAGUUAAUAUUCAGAUAACUGACAUAUUCACCCACAACCCAAUCACAUGAAAAUGUAUUUUGGGAUUAGGGGAUUAGAGUAAAAUAAGUCUGUAUGUUUGUUUUUAAAUGCAGCACAUUUGCACUAAAGGAAACCUCACGUGUGUGACCGCCGAUACACCGAGACUCCCUUUAUUCAGUUUUGGGAAAAGAACUCAAAUACAUUGUUUUUCAGUAGCUGAAGUGUUACGUUGGACACAUUCAGAUGGUAUAAAGUCAUUUCACUGGAGUUCUUCAGGAACAUUAAUGUGUGUGUGUGUGUGUGUGUGUGUGUGUGUGUGUGUGUGUGU